AUGCCUAUAUAAGCACACCAAGAUGGCUUCGAAAUCCGCAUCAUCGAUCAAGUAUAUAGCUAAGCGCAAACAUAUAUCGAUCUCCAUGGACAACAACUUCCGGGCGGCUCCUUCUGCUCCUCAGUACAGGGGCGUUCGGCGGCGGAAAUGGGGCAGGUGGGUGUCGGAGAUCCGGCAGCCGGGCACCAAGCUCCGCGUCUGGCUCGGGAGCUUCGACACGGCGGAGAUGGCGGCCGUGGCGCACGACGUGGCGGCGCUGCGCCUUCGGGGUGCCAGGGACGCGCAGCUCAACUUCCCGGGCUCCGUCGGCUGGCUGCCCCAGCCGCCCACCACGGACCCGACCGACAUCCGCGCCGCCGCCGCCGAGGCCGCCGAGCGGGUGCGCCGCGAGCCCGCGCUCGUCAGCGCCGCCGCCAACACGACCAUUACUAUCAACCCGGGCGAGUUCGACGACGACCAGCUGGAGUCGCCCAAGCUGUGGGACCAGAUGGCGGAGGCCAUGCUGCUGGACCCGCCCAGGUGGGGCCAGGAUGGCAGCGGCGGGGAUGCGGCCGAGAGCUCACACAGCUGGCCGCAGGGCUCUCUCUGGGAUGGAUGCUAAUUCAGCAUUUCAGCUACGUACGCGAAAUCGAUGUAAACUCAUGUGCCGUGUAUGUCAUAACUCAC